ACAAAUGCGAUGUAUAUAUGUGCACACUUGCAUCCGCACACACACCCAUGCAUGCGCGCGCGCACACGCACAUGCACACAUAUUACAGACAUAUAUUUAUGCAUAUAUGUAUAUUUGUUUUUUUUGUGUGUACAGACGGAUGCACCCAGUCACCCAUCCCCUCACAGAUACGUACAUAUAUAUGUACAGAUAUAUGCAUAUAUACACAUAUUUAUGUAUACACACAUAUGGGUGGGGGUGAGACUGUGCGCGUGUGUGCGUGGCGGGAGGGGGAGAUUCGUGCUAGCAUGUGAUACAUCAAGGUACACAUCUAAAAGAUAGCCUUGAUGUGUACAUGCAUCUCAAAAUAAAAUCAAUUAAUAAUAAAUUGUUGGACAAGAGCUCUUACCCACUUAAGUUUAUUCUACCUCUAUAUAAAGGGUUUGAUGUUUAUAAAGUGGCUGCUCAUUUAGCAAAAUGAGCUACCAAGAGAUGGAAGUGGUAAGACCAACAUCUUUUGAUGCGACUAGAAGGGUGAGGCUCACCACAUAGCUAUUUCUCGGUGGUUCAUUUAGCAAAUUGAGCCACUACCUCAUACCAUUUCUUCCCUCACACAUGCACACAUAUAUCACAUACACACAGAGACACACACAUACACGUACAUACAUGUAUGUUUUUAUAUAUGGCAAUGGUUACAUAUAAACCUUGAUAUUUAGAAGAAUGUUGGUUUACAUGUUUGGUUAUCCCAAAUAGGCAUACUUCCCCCCAAUAUCUCAACCAGAAGGACUUCCUCUAAAGGUUCAAGACGCUAAUAGCAAAGAGUGGGUGUUUCAGUUUCGUUUCUGGCCAAACAAUAAUAGUAGGAUGUAUGUUUUGGAGGGGGUUACUCCUUGCAUUCAAUCAAUGCAACUACAAGCUGGUGACACAGUAACAUUUAGUCGAGUAGAUCCAGAGGGGAAGUUGGUCAUGGGAUUCAGGAAAGCUUCAAAUAUCUCUGAACAGGAUUCACAAACAUUUAAGACUGGAAAUGGUUUCUCAACACCUCCAGAGAGCAGCAUAAAUGCAACUGAGUUUGGUUCCAAUGGUCCUCUUCGACCUCAAAAGUGUAGUGCAGAAUCAAGGAAGCUGUACAAUACAGCAGAUGAGGCCAUCUUGUCUAAAUUUGAUAAAACUGGAUUUAUACAGAAAGAUGUGGCUGCUACUAAGUCUUCUCAAGGCCUUAGUAGGACAGGUAGCACUCCUGGAUCAAGAAAUAAACGCUUAAGAAUUGAGAAUGAGGACUCACUUGAGUUAAAACUAACAUGGGAAGAAGCUCAGGAGCUGCUUCGACCGCCUCCUGAUGAUCCUAGUGUCUUUGUCAUUGAAGGCCAUGAAAUUGAGGAGUAUGAGGAAUCUCCAAUACUUGGAAAGCCUACCAUUUUCACCACAACUCAAGCUGGUGAAAGUAGUCAAUGGGCUCAAUGUGGAGAUUGUUCCAAGUGGCGUAAGCUUCCGGUUGAAGCCCUUCUGCCUUCUAGGUGGACAUGCUCCGAUAACAAAUGGGAUCCUGACAGGGGUUCAUGUUCAUCUGCUCAGGAACUAACAGAUAUACUUCCUAGUAAUGCCGGUUCGAGGAGAUCAAAGGUAAAAGACAUUGAAAACAAUGAUAACUUUGAAGUAUCAGAUGGGCUUGACACGCUUGCCAACCUUGCAAUACUCAGGGAGGGAGAAUCUCUCCCUCCAUCUUCUCAACCUACUACAAAGCAUCCUCGGCAUCGUCCAGACUGCUCAUGUAUCGUCUGCAUCCAGCCUCCUAGUGGCAAAGGUCCCAAGCACAAGCAGACAUGCACUUGCAACAUAUGCUCUGUAAAGCGUCGCUUCUGUACCCUCAUGCUGCGGCGAGAGAAACGACAGUCAGAAGAAUCUGAGACUGUUCCUCCACACCAGAAGCAGCCUCUUUCUCAGUCGCCGGAGAUGCCUUCAAGUAGUGACCCUCAUCUGCCAGCAGGGAUUUGCAUCACUAGUGGCUCUUCUCCUCAAAAGUCCAGCGAGGGUGAGACUGAUGAUGACCCCGACAAGAAGAUAAUGUUACCAUCUCCUCUCAAGGCUCAGAUUGAAUUGAACAUCCAGCCAGAGCGGGAGGAGGAGCCAUUGCCAAUGGCUGAUGCUGGCAGCGUGAUGAGCACUUUUGUUAAGACUACAAACUAGGAAUUAUUUAUGUCUAGAUGUGGAAGCACAUCUAUGGUGUGGUAGGAAGAAAAAGGCCAGUUGUGCCUGUCGGUGUGGUCAGAGCCUGAAAUCUAUCGAAACCAUUGAGUGAUAUAAGUCACUCAACCUUUGGAGAAAUAGCGGACAAGCUCCAGGGAUAUAUUAAAGGUUACUCAUCAAAUGUAAAAGAGGCCGGAGGAAACAAAAGCUGUGAUUUAUUUUUUUUAAAUUUUUUUAUUUGGUUAUCCUCCACCUGGAAGGAAUAGGUAUAACUGCGGCUAGUAUAAAUGCACAAGGUAUUCUUUCUUUUCCCUGUGAGGUUUCAAAAUUUGAUGGGAAAACUGAAGCUUGUUAUGAGGAGAUAUACACUAGCUUUUCUGAUGCGUAAAAGGAAUUGUGUAACUAACUUGUGGAGGACUACAGGUUAUUACUUGAUAGUUUCA